UGCCGCUCUAGGCAGCGGAGAUGGGGGCGCCGUCUAUGGUGUUCGCGCGCUUUGUGAUGUUUUAUUGUGUCGCGGGGAUUCGGCGGCCUGGAAACCCGGAACCGUCAGGAGAAGCGGCGGCGGUUGCCGAACGUCUGUGGGUCGCUUAGCGACCGGUUCUUCUCAGAAGCCGUUGAGCCAGAGGAGGAGGCGGAAAGGCCGUCGGGGCUGUACGUCAGUAACGGUCUUCGUGCCGCGAAUCGUUGCACGCGAGCCUACGGGGAAGCGGGGUCAGAAGUGCCUGGGAUGUGAUCUUUCAUGGUAUGGUGCUGGGAAUCUGUGUUUUAAAUUACCCCAAUGGAUGCAGAGAGUGAUGUUGCAUUGGAUAUUUUAAUCACAAAUGUGGUCUGUGUCUUUCGAACAAGAUGUCAUUUAAAUUUGCGAAAAAUUGCUUUGGAGGGAGCAAAUGUGAUAUAUAAGCGUGACGUUGGGAAAGUAUUAAUGAAGCUUAGGAAACCCAGGAUUACAGCAACAAUUUGGUCCUCAGGGAAAGUAAUUUGCACAGGAGCUACAAGUGAAGAAGAAGCAAAAUUUGGUGCCAGACGACUAGCCCGUAGUCUGCAGAAACUAGGUUUUCAGGUGAUUUUUACAGAUUUUAAAGUUGUCAAUGUUUUAGCAGUAUGCAACAUGCCGUUUGAAGUCAGAUUGCCAGAAUUUACAAAAAAUAACCGACCCCAUGCCAGUUAUGAACCAGAGCUUCAUCCUGCAGUGUGCUACAGAAUAAAAACACUUAGAGCUACUUUACAGAUUUUUUCAACAGGAAGUAUCACAGUUACAGGGCCAAAUGUAAAAGCUGUUGCCACUGCAGUGGAACAGAUCUACCCGUAUGUGUUUGAGAGCAGGAAAGAAAUUUUAUAAUUUGCCACUUCACGGUUAGAUGAACUAACCAAGCACCUUUUAUAAGACUGCUGCAUAUUGGACUUAAAGCAAAAAAAAAGGGGGUAAAGAAAAAAGGAUUAACUGGACCAAGGCAGCUGAGAAGGUACAAACUCUUGGCAACAGUGAUAAACUCCAGUCCUUUUUGGAUUUUAUUUUGAACAAUGCUGUAUUGUAAAAACAAAAGUUUACAAAAAUAUGAAAUUGCUGCUUUUUACAAGACAUUCUAUUUAUUUCUGCAGUGAUUUCUGUGUUCAUAAGCAGAAUUGUCAUGAUAUGCACUAACCUUGGAAAUACUUCUUUAGGUUGAGCUUGUGUUUUUAUUUGUUAAUAGUCUUUUACAUUUUUGUAUGCUGACUGUUGGGCACCAAAGAAGCUGUAGACAUUACCUUUUUCACCUGAUAAACAUGCACAAAUAAAAGUCUGCAAAACCUUCCUUCAUACCUGUUCUGUUACAUUCCUUUUCCCUUUUCAAUUAACAAUUGUAUAUUGGCAAAGUAAGUAGAGCAUUAUUAGUGUAAUCUUUUGUUCAUUUUUUUCUUCCAGUUUUUAGUGUGCGUGUGUAAAGUGGUCAAUAGCAGAAUAGGUUCAAGUGAAUGACAGAUACAUAUGUGUACAAAGGACAGACUCUGUUUUUUCUGCAAUGUAUUUGUAAGUAAAUGCAGA